AUGAAAACUCGACAACAUAAAUUAUGUUUUAUUAUUUCAAUAAUAAUAUUAUUAUUUUUAUGGCAAAUUUUAUUAAUUCUAAUAGCAAUAAAAGAAAGUCGUAGUGGAAUUAAUUUUAAUUCAUUUGAUAUUGAUUUAAAUAAAACAAAUAGUUCAAUUCCUCGUAUAAUUCAUCAAACAUGGAAAACUUCUAAUUUAGCAACAUAUCCAAUAAAUAAUUCUCAUUCGGAAUGGAAAAGACUUUAUCCUGAUUAUCAAAUUCGUCUAUGGACAGAUGAAGAUCUUGAUGAAUUAAUAUCGACAGAUCCAUAUAAAUAUUUGUAUGAUAUAUAUAAAGGAUAUUCAUAUAAUAUUCAACGUGCUGAUUUAGGUCGAUUAAUAAUUCUUCAUAGUAAAGGUGGAAUAUAUGCUGAUUUAGAUGUAUUUCCAUGUUUAAGACAAGUUGAAAAUCUUCGUUUAUCAAAUGCAUCAUUUAUUAUUCCACGUUCAUAUUUCGGUUUGUCUUUAAUAAAUCAUUUUUUAGUUGCACAAAAAUCAUCUCCUAUUAUUGAUUAUAUUCUUCAUGAAAUAGUUCCAGUUAAAUUUUAUCGAAGAAUUUAUAUUCUUCCUUAUGCAGAAGUUUUUUCAACAGGAUCUAUUUUUUUAACUCGUGUUAUUAGAAAUUAUCUUAAAUCAUCAAAUAGUACAAAGAAUUUCUUAUGGAUUUUAUCUGAAGAUGAAGUUAUGAAAUAUGUAACUCAUUAUACUGGUAGAUCGUGGCAUUCAUUUGAUGGAUAUAUUUUAAACCAAAUUGAUUCAAAUCCAAAAUCAUUUAUUUCUAUUCUUGUUUUCUUGAUUCUUUUUAUCUUUAUUCUUUUUAAAUAUCAAUAUUCUAUUUUGAGAUUUAUUAAAUUGAAAUAAAUCUCGUUUAUUGAUUUGUUCAAUUUAUAUAAAUAAAUAUAAUUAUAUAAAACUUUUUUUUCAAAUAAGAAACGAUCAAUU